AUGCUCCUUGGAGCCUUCCUCGCCAUCCUGGUGAUGCUCAUGCCCGCCUCGGCCGCCUCGGUCGAGAAGCGCACCUUCUGGGCCGACGACGGCGACAACACGCCCUUUGUCGGCUGCUACAACACGCUCGCCCUCUGGACGACCAUCCUGAACGCCUGGAUCACGCACAAGUCCUCGGGCGACGAGUGCGCCGCCUACUGCAACAACCGCCAGAAGGGCUUCUCGUACUGGGAGCGUUCCACCGGCCUGUGCAAGUGUGCGUACGGCGAGCCGGGAUCCUUCCUCGGCGUCUCCCUCCUCAAGAACGGCUACGGCAAGGGCUCGCCCAACAACUGCCCCGGCGGAUACUGGGACACGCGCGUGCUGCGCUCCCGCUACCAGUUCAAGGGCUGCACGCGCGACGUGAACACGCGCGACGCGUCGUUCAACUCGGUCCGCGACCGCCUCUUCUUCAAGGCCAGCGGGCUCGCGGGCAUCUUCCGCAACUCGUGCAAGGGCUCCCAGUUCCUCGUCACCCACCCGACCCGCAUCGGCAUCUUCUCCCAGUGGUACUGCUACGGCGAGCCUGCCUCGGCCAUCCGCUCCGACUACUGCUCCCAGGACACGUUCUACGUCUACUCGACGCCCUCUGGCCCCGUCCCCUCCGGCCUUCGCCGCCGUCAGGAGCCUGCCCGCAUUGACGAGGUCUUCGAGCAGGAGCAGGAGUACCUCGCCGACCAGUGCCUCAAGCUCGGCCGCGAGACGUGCUACGCCGACGCCUCCCAGGAGCACUGGGAGUGCGUCGACACCCAGAACGAGCAGAUGUCGUGCGGCGGAUGCCGAUGGGGAGCGUUCAAGGCCCAGAAGAAUGCCAAGGACGGUAUCAACUGCCAGGCCUUCGGCGACGACACCACCUGUCUCGCCGGCGUGUGCCGUCCCUAA